CGCUUGGCUCUCGCCGCACUGGCCCGAGGAAAGUUCCCGCGGCACCCGAGCCGUUUCACAGCUGCUGCGCCUCCGCUGCUUGGGCUCUGCAAGUGCCCACUUGGGUCCGGAGAGGCGCUCGGGCCGCAGGAGCCGCCCGCCGCACCUGGUCGUCCCUCCCCCAGCCCCCGCCGGGAGGCGCCCGCCCCCGCCCCGUGCUCCCCUCCCCCAAGCACAGCCCGAGCUCGCUCCUGCGCGCGCGCUCUCCCGGGCCCAAGUGAAUAGUCCUCGCGCGAGCGGGACACGGUGGUGGAUGCAAUUCCGCUCGCCUUCAGCCGCUAGGAGCUCCCUGGCGCCGCAGGCAGCGUCCUCCUCCGAAGCAGCUGCGCCGGCACCUGGGCAGCCUGGACCUUCGUACCCUGCCCCUGGGGCCUCGCGCGGGGGUCGCCCCGGGACACCGCCUGCGGGUCGGGUGGAGGAGGAAGAGGAGGAGGAGGAAGACGUGGACCUGAACCCCUACCCUACGCAGAACACCUGGCUGCGCUGCUGCCUCUUCUCUUUGAGGGGAAGGCGGAGAGAGACGCGGAGAGCCAUGAGGGGCUGCGAAGUCCGGGAAUUUUUUCUGCCAUUAGGUUUCUUUCUGCCUCUGCUAACAGCUUGGCCGGGCGACUGCAGUCACGUCUCCAACAACCAAGUUGUUUUGCUUGAUACAACAACUGUGCUGGGAGAGCUAGGAUGGAAAACAUAUCCAUUAAAUGGGUGGGAUGCUAUCACCGAAAUGGAUGAGCACAAUAGGCCCAUUCACACUUACCAGGUAUGCAAUGUAAUGGAACCAAACCAAAACAACUGGCUUCGUACAAACUGGAUCUCCCGUGAUGCAGCUCAGAAAAUUUAUGUGGAAAUGAAAUUCACACUAAGAGAUUGUAACAGCAUUCCAUGGGUCUUGGGGACUUGCAAAGAAACAUUUAAUCUGUAUUAUGUGGAAUCAGAUGAAUCCCAUGGAAUUAAAUUCAAGCCAAACCAGUAUACAAAAAUUGACACAAUUGCUGCUGAUGAAAGUUUUACUCAGAUGGAUUUAGGUGAUCGCAUCCUCAAACUCAACACGGAAAUUCGUGAGGUGGGGCCUAUAGAAAGGAAAGGAUUUUAUCUGGCUUUUCAAGACAUUGGGGCAUGCAUUGCAUUGGUCUCAGUCCGUGUCUUCUACAAAAAGUGCCCCUUCACUGUUCGUAACUUGGCCAUGUUUCCUGACACCAUCCCAAGGGUUGAUUCUUCUUCUUUGGUUGAAGUAAGGGGCUCUUGCGUGAAGAGUGCAGAAGAGCGUGACACUCCUAAACUAUAUUGUGGAGCUGAUGGAGAUUGGCUGGUUCCUCUUGGAAGGUGUAUCUGCAGUACAGGAUAUGAAGAAAUUGAAGGUUCUUGCCAUGCUUGCAGACCAGGAUUCUAUAAAGCAUUUGCUGGGAACACGAAGUGUUCCAAAUGCCCUCCACACAGUUUAACCUACACAGAAGCAACAUCUAUCUGUCAAUGUGAAAAGGGCUAUUUCCGAGCUGAAAAAGACCCGCCUUCCAUGGCAUGUACUAGGCCACCUUCAGCUCCUAGGAAUGUGGUUUUUAACAUCAAUGAAACAGCCCUUAUAUUGGAAUGGAGCCCACCAAGUGACACAGGAGGGAGAAAAGAUCUCACAUACAGUGUAAUCUGUAAGAAAUGUGGCUUAGACACCAGCCAGUGUGAGGACUGUGGUGGAGGACUCCGCUUCAUCCCAAGACAUACUGGCCUGAUCAACAAUUCCGUGAUAGUUCUUGACUUUGUGUCUCACGUGAAUUACACCUUUGAAAUAGAAGCCAUGAAUGGAGUUUCUGAGUUGAGUUUUUCUCCCAAGCCAUUCACAGCUGUUACAGUGACCACGGAUCAAGAUGCACCUUCCCUGAUAGGUAUGGUAAGGAAGGACUGGGCAUCCCAAAAUAGCAUUGCCCUCUCAUGGCAAGCACCUGCUUUUUCCAGUGGAGCCAUUCUGGACUACGAGAUCAAGUACUAUGAGAAAGUCUACCCACGGAUAGCGCCGGCAUUUUGGCACUACCUGCGGGUAGAAGAGCAUGAGCAGCUCACCUAUUCUUCCACGAGGUCCAAGGCCCCCAGUGUCAUCAUCACAGGUCUCAAGCCGGCCACCAAGUACAUAUUUCAUAUCCGAGUGAGGACAGCAACAGGAUACAGCAGCUACAGUCAGAAGUUUGAAUUUGAAACUGGAGAUGAAACUUCUGACAUGGCGGCGGAACAGGGGCAGAUUCUCGUGAUAGCCACUGCAGCUGUUGGGGGAUUCACUCUCCUCGUUAUUCUUACUUUGUUCUUCUUAAUCACUGGGAGGUGCCAAUGGUACAUAAAGGCCAAAAUGAAAUCAGAAGAGAAGAGAAGAAACCACUUACAGAAUGGGCAUUUACGCUUCCCAGGAAUUAAAACUUACAUAGAUCCAGAUACAUAUGAAGACCCAUCACUAGCAGUCCAUGAAUUUGCAAAGGAGAUUGAUCCCUCAAGAAUUCGCAUCGAGAGAGUCAUUGGGGCAGGAGAAUUUGGAGAGGUCUGUAGUGGGCGCUUGAAGACUCCUGGAAAAAGAGAAAUCCCAGUUGCAAUCAAAACUUUGAAAGGUGGCCACAUGGAUCGGCAAAGAAGAGAUUUUCUAAGAGAAGCUAGUAUCAUGGGUCAAUUUGACCACCCAAAUAUCAUUCGCCUAGAAGGUGUUGUCACAAAAAGAACCUUCCCGGCCAUUGGGGUGGAGGCGUUUUGCCCCAGCUUCCUGAGGGCGGGGUUUUUAAAUAGCAUCCAGGCUCCUCAUCCAGUGCCAGGGGCAGGAACUUUACCCCCCAGGAUUCCUGCUGGCAGGCCAGUAAUGAUUGUGGUGGAAUAUAUGGAGAAUGGAUCCCUAGACUCCUUUCUGCGGAAACAUGAUGGCCACUUCACAGUCAUCCAGUUGGUCGGUAUGCUCCGAGGCAUUGCAUCAGGAAUGAAGUAUCUUUCCGAUAUGGGUUAUGUUCAUCGGGAUCUAGCAGCAAGAAAUAUAUUGGUCAACAGCAACUUAGUUUGCAAAGUUUCUGAUUUUGGUCUCUCCCGGGUGCUGGAAGAUGAUCCAGAAGCUGCUUAUACAACAACUGGUGGGAAAAUCCCCAUAAGAUGGACAGCCCCAGAAGCUAUUGCCUACAGGAAAUUCUCUCCAGCAAGUGAUGCAUGGAGCUAUGGCAUUGUCAUGUGGGAGGUCAUGUCCUAUGGAGAGAGACCUUAUUGGGAAAUGUCUAACCAAGAUGUCAUUCUGUCCAUUGAAGAAGGUUACAGACUUCCGGCUCCCAUGGGCUGUCCGGCAUCUCUACACCAGCUGAUGCUCCAUUGCUGGCAGAAGGAGAGAAAUCACAGGCCAAAAUUUACUGACAUUGUCAGCUUCCUUGACAAACUGAUCCGCAAUCCCAGUGCCCUUCACACGCUAGUGGAGGACAUUCUUGUGGUGAACGGGCCUCACAACCAGAGCCCAUCAGCAGAGCUCUCUGACUGUUCUGUGGCUGUAGAAGCAGGCAGAAUGCCUGAGUCCCCAGGGGAGGUUCCUGAGUAUCCUUUGUUUGUCACAGUUGGUGACUGGCUGGAUUCCAUAAAGAUGGGGCAGUAUACGAAUAACUUUAUGGCAGCAGGGUUUACAACUUUUGACCUGAUUUCAAGAAUGAGCAUCGAUGAUAUUAGAAGAAUUGGAGUCAUACUCAUUGGACACCAGAGACGGAUAGUCAGCAGUAUACAGACUUUACGUUUACAUAUGAUGCACAUACAGGAGAAAGGAUUUCAUGUAUGAAAGUAUUACAAGAACUGGUGUUUUGUGCCUCAGCAUUUCUAAAAAGAAUGAUAUCCUCUCUCCACUACCCUCUCUUCUGAUUCUCCCACCACUUCACAAACUGCAGUCUCCCGAGCAGACUGCGGGCACAUGCCUUUUGUUUAUGCUUCCAACCUGGAUUUUAAAAUCAUGCUUCAUAGCUCCUUUCUGGAUAACCUGCAAAUAAAACCCUUGCCCACUGCAGAUUAUCACUACACAAUGGUAAAUAACUCAGCAUGGAUGUGUAACUUUGUAUUACAGUACUUAGGAAGUGUUCACUGACUUAACCCAAAGGAAUUUACCCAGGUCCAGCUUCACUGAUGAUGUAUUUAGAGUUUGAUGGCAGAUGAAAAGGAAGAUAAUUGAUCUUUCAUGUUUUGUGAUGGGGUAGCUUCCAAAUUGACAUGAAUAUUUAUUUUUUAGAGAAUUAUACUCAACUCAAUGGGUUGUAUUGUUACUUUAUCUUUAAAAAGUUUAACUGUUGAUGCCUGAUAUUAGAAUUAUUUACAGAAAUAACCAAUGAUUUUAUGUAGCAAAUUCUUGCCAGGGGUGACUGUGGUGAGAAGAGAGUUAUCAGAGAGGAAGAGGAAGAAACGUUUGCGACUUUUAAGUUUCCUAUGGUUGGGUUUGUUUGUUUUUUAAUUAACUUUAUAGUUUCCUACAUACUUCAUAGCAGGUUACCACCUGCUUUCCUCUCUAAAUUUUUACUGACUAUAGUAUAUUUGUCUACUGCCUUAUGAAGAUGACCCCUGAAAAGACCAAGAGUGAGCCCAUUGCUCUAAAGGCUUUCGUGGAGUGAAGCAUGGGAUAAAAUUAUGGCUAUUCCCUUGGUUUAUCUUCACAAGUUGCAAAAGUAAUUAUCAAAGCACUGAGAAAAUUAGUUUGUCUAAGUAGAAUUGCUUUGAAUAAAAGAUCUAAGAAUCUAGCCUUAGAUUUCAAUGUAAAAAGAUUAAUUAACUUAAACAAUUUUAUGAUAGCUAUAUGGUAGCCCAAAGAAAUAAACACAUCUAGCUGACUGAUAUUUGUGUACUUUACAAGUUAAAGAAAUUUUUAUGUUCUGUUCAUAAAAAUAAGUUACAUAAACAUAAUGAGCUGUUUUCCAAAUCUUCCAAGGGACAAGUAUGCCAUUGCAUUCUCCAAAGAGGAUAUAAAAGAUCUAACACAGGAGCAUAUAUAACUUGUGUAUCAACCUGGGUCCAUAAUACAGUGACAUAAAAAUGUGAACACAGUAAAAGCAUGGUGUUGUCAUAAUCUUUCCAGAGGCUGACAAAAAAAGGCAAAUAUAUUUUUCCGUGAAUUAAGCUAAGUAAGCUUAACAGAAGUUUAUGCUUUCGUACAAGCCCAUUCAAUUAUAAAAUCAGUUGUUCCUCAUGAAAUAAAAAAAAUGACUACUGUUCUAACUGGACGAGUAGGGAGACUGUGUUAAGAGAAAAAAAGAGCAGGUUGUCUAAAGAUGCCUAUUUAAUAAACCGGUUUUUAUUUGAUCUAAGAGAUAAAAGUGCCCUACGCACAUUCUCAAAUACCUACCUAAAUUGCAUUCUUUGGUAAUAAUAGCUUUCUUGCUAUUAAAGGAGCUUCACUUUUUCUUUUUUUCUUAUUUUAAGAUUUGUUGAUUGUCCCAUUAGAAAAGAACUGUCCACAUAUUUUUUGUUGUUGAUUUAUCUCCUGAAUUUCUGCCAGCACAGCUUAUUUUUUCUCAUUCCGAAAAAGAAAAUCUAUGGAGAUAGAAGAAAGAGUCUUUAGAGUAUUCCUUAAAAUAUACUAAAAAUGGGAAAUCCAUUAUUUUUAAGUAAGUGUGUCAGAAAUAGCUAGCAACAUUUUCCAGCCAUCACCUGCAUGGCCAUGCAUCACUCCUACACUAUCUGCAGUUUGCUUGAUACAUUUACAAAAAUCUGAAUACAUUUAGAGGAAAUAUAAAUUUUCCAUAUUUACUUGUCCUCAAAUAUAUGUUAAAUAAGAACUGAUGUAAAACAGAUUAAAUUUACUAAUCAUAUAGAUUUAUUUUUAUAAUACAACAAAAAAGGUAUUUAGAAAAAUAAGGAAUAGAAUAAUUAUGGUCUUCCAUAGGACUCUGUCAGCAACAUCUGUAUACUUUCAAGAAAUCAAUUCUAUAAGGUAUUUAAACUUCUAUGGGAUGGGCAUUCAGUGCUUACAAGAUUAAAGUUCUCUGUUAAGAAUUUUUUUCUUAAAGAGUCCAACGAUCCUUUUCUUUAUCUGGUUAAUUGUACUUCUUUUUUACUUCCCUAACAUAUUUAUCUAGUAUUAUAAAGCUGCGUUUCACUUUGUCGCAUACCACAAAGCCUCUUUAAGAUUUCUUUAAAACUAUAUUUAUCCUAAGCAUGAUAACCUUAAGUGUAGGUUUGAACCUCAUCAUGGUCAGAGCAAGGUUGAAAUAUGUGUACAAGAUUAAACAGAAACAUAACAAAAUAAGGGUAUCUAUUUCUCUACUGCUUACCAAUCACAGACCCUCUGAUCCCAAGGGUAUUAAAAUAUCCAGUAAUAUUAACAGUUAAAUUGCCAAAAUCAUUGAAAUUUUACAUGAAAUACUUUGAUAUUUACUAGUGCAUAUAUUCAGUAAUUAAAACUUUAAUAAUCAUACAUAAGAAUUUAUAGAAAGAAAGUAACUUCUAUAAAUCACAAGCCUUCAGGAAUAAUCUUCGAUAACUAAAAUAUGCAUAUUCAUUCAUGUACCUGCAUUAUUUUAAAUGUCCUAAUCUAUACUACUGAGGGGCUUUUGGAUUUUGAAAAUCAGACAGUUGAAGAAACCAUUUUCAUUUUAUUUUCUGGGUGGUCAGCUUCCAGCCUAUAGUCAACUCAUUAUAUCAUAGUAUAAGCCAGAUUUGGGAAAAAUGUAAAAACAAUGCACAAUCAAAGAGAUUAGGUAUGUAAAUCAUAGAAAAGCAAUCAUAAACUGCAAAGCUCUUGGCUUAAGAAGAAGAAUAAAUACAGCACUUUUGCACUGAGUUGUCUUAUAACUGUUGAUAAAUAAAUUAUGCAUGUUGUAAUAAAAAAAGAUUUAUUUUAUUUAACACUGUAUUACUCUUUAAAAUCUAUCCAAUUAUCACCUGAAUAAAACCUUCCAGCUACAGGUUUAAGGCCUAUCUCAGUCCAUGAAUGCAAAACAAACUGGAAUCCAAUCCUUGAACAGCAAAGCCUUUACAGAUCUUCUAAAGAAAUGGAGAAAAAUGAAUUAUAUUAUCUAUCUCCCAACCUCUUCCUAAAAAAUCCAUUUUUAUAACUUUCCUUACCAAGUUCUAUUCUGUAAGGCAGUUAAGUCUCUUACCUCAAAAUUUUCAUCAAUACUAGGUCUUUUUCUAUUCCUUUGAAAACUUCCCUUCUCAGCCCCGUUUUUCUCUCUACUCCACCAUCUCAUCUCUUUUCCUUUCUCAGCUUCUACCAUCCCACUAUUUAUCUCUAUCAGCAAAAGAAAGGUAGUGCAGCAAAAAUCUAAAAAGAUCUUGCAGAUUUCUGUAUGAGAGGCUGAGGGUGGAGGCAAGAAGAGAAUGUUGCAAAAGUCAUUCCGUUAAUACUUUGGGUCCUACCACAUAAAUGAGAGCAUUUGCAUUCACAGAAGGUAUAAGUUCUGGCUUGCAUUACCUGGAAGUUAAGUGCUUUGGAAAGUAAUUUCAAAAUGGAUGAUGAUGGUAAUCCUUUUAUAUAGCCUUAGCUAAGGAAAUUUACUAUUGAAAGAAAUUUGUAUUUUAAGAAUCAAAAACUGUUAUUUUAAGUUUAAUAUAAAAAAUUGUGUUUUAAGAAUCAACUCACAGGUGGUAUACAUCUCUCUAUAACAAGGAGAUUAGAAGCAGAUGUAUCACAUCCUUUAAUAUGAUCACCUUAAUUUUUCUGAGCUCAAAUUCUGCUACAUAAAUUCCACUAUGUAGAAGAGACU